CCCUCUGCCAAGACCCCGAUAUGUGCGAUCCUAACAUUGAACACCACAGGGGAUAGCAGCACUUCGCGUGUAUGGUAUUGCUGCAACACGAUCACAACACAAUCAACAGACAAGCUAGUAGCUGCACACACAAACGAGUCUCGGGGAAUUGCCACCACAACAGUUCCGUGGCGGAGAAAUACCGGCGGAAAAUCGGGAAAAUGCCCGGGACGGAGCUGCGGGCUCGACCACACGCAACGCGCGGCUACGAUGUCGGAGGGUGCAAGCGCGGGACCUGCCGACGCCUCACAGGCCUCACAGGCUAGUGCCGACGGUCCUCUGCGGAUCAGGGAGCUGCCGCUGCGGACCCGAAGGCAACCGGCGAGGCUAUCGAUGAGAUGCUAGCCGCCGACGACCCCGUCAAAAACAGCAACGGCAAACGCGCGUACCCGGAGCCCAACUUCCCGAUCGAGCGGUCGGGAGCAGUGAGAGAGAAAGGGAGCUACCCCAUCGGGUUCAAACUUAACGCGGCGGCCUACACACGGGAGAUCUGCCCGUGCGACGGUCAACCGGUGGGAAACAACAGCGCGGCGAAAGUUCUCCAGGUGCCUCGGAAGCGUAUCAUCGAGUGGCUGAAGCAGGAGGAGCAGCUCAGGGAGAAGGUCAGCGCCAACCUCAAGCUUUCGAAGGCCAAGCAGGUUCACGGCGGAGGGAAAGCUUCGACAGUCGACGCCGAACAAGCCCUUGGGGGCUACAUCAACGAGCAGCGCAAGCAGCACCGCGGUUGUUGUAAUCGGGAGGUGAUGAACAAGCUGCUCGAGCUGAAGCCUGACGCCCUUGGCGGGAUGCCGGCGAACGCGAAACCGGAGGAGGCGCUGGCUUGCAAGGUCAAAUUCAACAACUGGUAGCAACGGUUCCGCAAGCGGAAUGGGUUCAGCAUCCGCCGGCGUACCAGCGUGGGCCAGAAACUACCGAAGAGGUACGAGGGUAUGGCGUGGGCGACGGUGAUGAAGCUGCGCGAGGCUCUCGUAAAGCGCGCCGGUGAGGUCUACGCUCGGCGCCACCCGCCGGCACCUGACGAGAGCCCCAUCAAAGGGAAGGAUCUGAGUUCCGAGCAGCUGACGUCUGUGGAGGCGGAGGUUUUCGAGGAACUCGGCAACAUGGACCAUACGCCAGUCUAGCACGAGAUGCCGGUGGAGACCACUUUGGAGAAGACCGGUGCGAAGGAUGCUCGCAUCAGCACAGGAGGCAAAGAGAAGGAACGCUUCACGCUCGUUCUGGCUGUCAUGGCGGACAG